AUGGCACUGGAGCAUCCACCAGAAAAUGUUAAAUAUGAUGAGGAAUUCAUUACAAAUUCUCAAGGAUCAAAGCUUUUCACAUGUAAAUGGAUCCCAAUAAAAGAUGAACCCAAAGCUUUGAUCUUCAUUUUCCAUGGUUAUGGCAUGGAAUGUAGCAUCACCAUGAGCAGUACUGCAAUUAGGCUUGUUAAAGAAGGAUAUGCAGUAUAUGGCAUAGAUUAUCAAGGCCAUGGAAAAUCAUCUGGAUUGGAUGGCUAUGUUGAGAACUUUGAUGAUAUUGUCAAUGACUGCAAUGACCAUUUCUCCAAUAUUUGUGAGGAGGAAAAGAAUAGAAGGAAGAAGAGGUAUUUGCUGGGAGAGUCCAUGGGAGGAGCCGUCAUUCUUCUUCUACAUAGAAAGAAGCCCGAGUUUUGGGACGGUGCCAUUUUGGUAGCCCCAAUGUGUAAGAUUGCAGAUGAUAUGAAGCCACCAGCAGCAGUUACAACGCUACUCCAAGGGUUGAGCUGGGUAAUCCCAACUUGGAAAUCAUUCAAUAUAACCAAAGACAUUAUUGAAAUUGGCUUCAAAGAGCCUCGAGUUAGAGAAGAGAUUAGGAAGAACGAAUACUGCUACAAAGGACCACCACGAAUGAGAACAGCCUCUGAGCUUUUGAGGGUUAGCUAUGAUAUUGAGCAAAGGUUAAGUGAGGUUACACUUCCAUUUAUAGUUCUCCAUGGAGAAGAUGAUAAAGUGACAGACCAACAAGUUAGCAAAGAACUAUUCAAGGUAGCUUCAAGCACAGACAAGACCAUCAAGCUCUACCCCGGAAUGUGGCAUGGUUUGCUCUGCGGCGAGCCCUUGGAAAACACCGAAAUCGUGUUUGCCGACAUUAUCAGAUGGUUAGAAGAACGAACUAAACUCGGAAAUCCGAGGGCAGAGACGUUAAACAAGGUUCAAGCUGAUAAUUUGUCAUUGAACAGGAACAACAAACUCUAG